AUGUGGCAGCAAGGCUAUAAAAUCCCCGUUAUUGAGAACUUGGGUGCCACUCUGGACCAGUUCGAUGCAAUCGAUUUCUCUGACAAUGAGAUCCGUAAACUGGAUGGGUUCCCUCUGUUGAGAAGGCUGAAAACUCUUCUGAUGAAUAACAAUAGGAUUUGUCGGAUUGGUGAAAACCUUGAACAGGCUCUGCCCAGCCUGACAGAACUCAUUCUUACCAACAACAACAUUGCUGAAUUGGGUGAACUGGAUCCAUUAUCAACUAUUAAAUCAUUGACUUACCUGAGCAUUUUAAGGAAUCCUGUCACAAAUAAGAAGCAUUACAGAUUGUACGUAAUCCACAAAGUUCCCCAGGUCAGAGUGCUGGAUUUUCAAAAAGUGAAACUCAAAGAGCGACAGGAGGCAGAGAAAAUGUUCAAGGGGAAACGGGGUGCACAGCUUGCAAAGGAUAUUGCCAGGAGAACAAAAACCUUCAAUCCAGGUGCUGGUCUGCCAACUGACAAAAAGAAAGCCGGGCCCUCCCCAGGGGAUGUUGAGGCAAUUAAGACUGCUAUAGCAAAUGCCACAACUUUGGCUGAAGUGGAGCGACUGAAGGGCUUGCUACAGGCUGGUCAGAUUCCUGGCAGAGAACGAAAAGGCCCAUCGGAGGACGGCGAAGAGGAAAUGGAGGAGGACACGGUUCCCAACGGAUCCUGAGCCGAGGCCCGCGGUCGCUCCCCCGGAGCCCUUUCCUCUUGACCGGCUC